CACUGACUAAACUCACUUCUCGAGAGAGCCCCAUCAAUGGCGUCCCUCCGUUCUCUCUCUGCCCCAUCCCCUUCCUCUCAUCCCCUUCUCACUCCCUUCAAGGGCACCAUAGCCCCUCUCCUCACUACCUUCAAUCGCUUCCCCCUUCAAAACCUUCAAUCCUCUCGCCGGCCCUUCACCCUCCGCGCUGCCGCCGCUUCUGUUUCUUCUCCCGUUGUUCUUCCUCCGGCGAGGUUCCGUCUUGAUAAUCUUGGCCCUCAGCCGGGAUCUAGGAAGAGGAACAAGCGGAAGGGGCGGGGUAUCGCUGCCGGGCAGGGGAACAGCUGCGGAUUCGGGAUGCGUGGCCAGAAGUCGAGGUCCGGUCCUGGUGUUCGUAAGGGUUUUGAAGGUGGGCAGAUGCCGCUUUAUCGCCGCCUCCCUAAGCUCCGCGGUAUUGCUGGAGGAAUGCAUGCAGGGUUGCCAAAAUAUGUUCCUUUUAACAUAAAAGACCUUGAAACUGCCGGGUUUAAAGAUGGUGAUGAAGUGUCAUUAGAAAGCUUGAAGGAGAGGGGCUUAAUAAAUCCAUCUGGGAGAGAAAGAAGUCUACCUUUAAAGAUAUUGGGAGACGGUGAUCUGAGUGUCAAGUUGAACAUAAAGGCUCGAGCCUUUUCAGCAGCAGCAAAAGCAAAGCUUGAGUCUUCCGGUUGCACAUUAACGGUGCUUCCAGGCCGAAGGAAGUGGGUAAAACCAUCUGUCGCAAAGAACCUCAUCCGCGCGGAGGAGUACUUUGCCAAGAAAAAGGAAAACGCGGUUUCUGAGUGAACAUGUUAUUUAAUUUUUUUUUUCUGCAACUUUAUUUUUUUGUAGAUUGUCGAGUUUGUCGCUUCUCAUAAUUCAAGCUAAGCAAGUAGCAUGGGAUAUGUUGCCUUUCAUCCAUUCUCUUCAAUUAUUGUAAAAUGGUUAUCAAUGUAUCAAAUUUGAACACAAACAUCACAUAUGAUAUGAACUUUAAUUCGUCUACACUUAAACA